UAUCGCGGAAGUGAGUAUGGGGGCGAGACCGAGCGGGAAGUAGGCAGUGCGCUUGCGCGUAGCUUGAAGAUGUAGGCGUGUCGAGACGGCGGCGGCGACGGCAGUUUCCUGAAACUCCUGGCGUCCGAAUUCUUGGCACCCUGAGGAGGUGCCAUGCCGAGUUCUUUUUCUUAAGCCUCAGAACUUGGCUUCGGCCUUGGGGGCCAACCUCAGCUUUCCUCAUCCUCGAGCCCGUUUGCCCCGAGUUCUCGCGAGAGCUGCGGGCUGAGCCGAGAGCAGCCCAACAGCCGGUUUCUCGGCGGAGCUCAGCCCGGGAUCCGCCAACGGAUCUGCCGCGCCCGCGAGCGAGCCCGACGCCCCCCGCGGAGACGACCGCCCGGGGACCCUGGCAGCGAUGGACGAGGACCUGGUGCUGGCGCUGCGGCUCCAGGACGAGUGGAACCUGAUGACGGAGCGCGAGCGGGCCCUGGAGGCCCAGGAGCCCCUGUCGCUGGUGGACGAGACGUGGGAGCUGGUGGACCCCACGCCGGACCUGCAGGCCCUGUUCGUGCAGUUCAACGACCGCUUCUUCUGGGGCCAGCUGGAGGCCGUGGAGGUCAAGUGGAGCAAGAGGAUGACCCUGUGCGCGGGGGUCUGCACGUACGAAGGGAAGGGCGGCAUGUGUUCCAUCCGCCUCAGCGAGCCGCUCCUGAAGUUGAGACCGCGGAAGGAUCUUGUGGAGUGCCUCAAAGUUAAAUGCUUUCAGACCCUCUUGCAUGAGAUGAUACACGCCUAUCUGUUCAUCACCAACAACGACAAAGACCGGGAGGGGCACGGCCCCGAGUUCUGUAAGCACAUGCACCGCAUCAACGGCCUGACCGGAGCCAACAUCACGGUGUACCACACCUUCCACAGCGAGGUGGACGAGUACCGGCGCCACUGGUGGCGCUGCGACGGGCCCUGCCGCUUCCGGAAGCCCUACCUCGGCUACGUGAAGCGCGCCACCAACCGCGCGCCCUCCGCCAACGACUACUGGUGGGCGGAGCACCAGCACUCCUGCGGGGGCACCUUCAUCAAGAUCAAGGAGCCAGAGAACUACUCCAGGAAAGGCAAAGGGAAGACCAAGCCGGCAGCAGCGGAGAACAAAGACAAGACGAACGGCGUGGUCCCGUUUAGCGGGAGGGGACACGUCCUGGGAGAAACCAACAACUUACCGUCAUCAGGGAAGUCCCCCACGCAGAGUGCCGUUAACAAGACCCAGGAGCCGCUAGGUCAGGACCACCCAGCCGGGGCCGGAAGACGGAAGCCUAAAACCCAGGCGGAAUUCGAGCAGGACGGUUCGAGGAAAAAGACCGGCUCCCCGGCGCCGAACGCCAGCCGCCAAAGCACGGUGAGCAGCUACUUCCCGCGGGCGGCGGCCGCCCAGGCUUUCCGCGCCAGCGCCAGCGGGGCCCCCGCGGAGAGCCCGGCCCCUUCCGCCGCCCGGAGGCGGCCCUCCUCCUCCUCCAAGGCCGCCCUCAGGAGCGUGCCCUCCACCUCUGCGGCCGCCGCCCAGGGCAGGGGCUGGGCAGACACGGGGCCCCCCAGCAAACAGCGCAGGCUGGAGGGCAAGACUGUCUUCGACAAGUUCUUCAUCAAGACAGAGAAGGUGCCGAGCGGUGGCGGCGAUCCCUGUCCCGCGGCUGCAGCGCCGACUCCCGGAAGCCCCGGCAGCCGGAGCACAACGGUGGCCUGCCCCGUGUGUCAGGACCAAGUGCUGGAGUCUCUGGUCAACGAGCACCUCGACCUGUGCCUUGAAGGUGAUGGCAGCCAAGUCAAAAGCAGAAAUCUUUGAAAACAAGGUCUCACACACAUACCACCGUGUCAGUCUCUCAGGGAGUCCGGGUAAAUACUAAGACUUGUAACUGACAGAUGUCCUAUUUAUGUAUACCUAUGACACUGUGAUUUUAAAUAUUUGUCUAAGGUGCUAUAUUUAUAUUUAUGUUCACUCGUGCCUUACGUAUGCUGCAGCCCAGUUCUGCAUGUUUACAUGCAUAGUUUUCAGAAUCUCUUUCUUGCUCUUAAAGGUUUUAAAUACUUUAAUCUUUUUGUGUACUUCCCUCACAAUAUUUAGUGAAGAAUUAACUGUUUGGUUAAAUUGAGUAUUUAUUAAUAUUAAAACUCAUUCCUAGUACUGUUAAUGUGUAUACGGUCAGGCAUACUGACCCAAAACACAAUCUAGAAUACAAAGUUAGCUGUUAGGGUACUCAAGGUUAUUUAAAAUGCUUUUUAGAUUUUUCCUCCCAAAUCUUAACAGGAAAUACAUUUUAUAUACUUGAAAGAAUUUUGUCUUAGCCGGUUUUAGGUAAAAGUAGACAGAGUGUGGUAAAACAGAUUUCUUUUGGAAUAUUCCUGGUAACAAAUGGCCACUUAACUUUUCUAGGCCAGAGUUAGUUUUUCUCAAAAUUGAGCAACAUGAGUGGCUAAAACUCGGUGCUAAGUACCUAAUGCCUACCACACAGCAGAGUUGCCUAGCUUAUGCUCAGCUUAUCUGGAAGUAGGAUGACCCUGUAAGCCAAAGUUGAAACCAUUUUCAUAAGAAUAUUUUAGCGAAGGAACCUACUUUCAUCCGUUCGCUUCUGUCUCAGCAUGUUGGCAUAUUCCCAAGACUCGAGUUCGCACGUUUUCUUUCUUCUUAACUUCAGUGCAACAUGACGUGUGUUCACGAGGUGCAGAGUGCUCAGGGCGAACCUGGGAUCCUCCUGGUGUUACCCAGCGAACACCCACUUUUCUUCUCUGUCACCACAGGUUCGCUUAGCUCGUUCUGAACUUCAUAAAGUAGCACUUUGUUCUGGGGAGCAAAAGUUCAUUCUUUUUUUAAAUUGCCCUGUAGUAUAUAUGUGAAUAUGCCAAAAGGUACACAUCCAUUCUACAUUAAUGGGCGUUUGAAUUACUUCCGGGCGGAGCUGGCGAUAGUGAAUGAUGCUGCUAAGAACAGCCUUGUCACUUUCUUGGGCUUGUACUCAGGAGUGGAUUGCAGGCUCUCGGGGUGUAUUUAUGGUUAGCUAUAGGAAAUGUUGCCAGUUUAUGCUCUUACCAGCCAUGUAUGAGGGUCUCAGUUAUCUAGUUACUAACUCUAUCAUCAAUCCUUGUCAUUUUAGCCUAUCUGGUUGACAGUUCACAAGUUUUGAUAUUUCUCAAGUGUGAAGUUGAAAAAUAGUAUUUAAUAAAUAGAAAUUACUU